AUGGCUGAAGACGACCCACUUGCCGCCGCCCUCAAGCAAAUCGAAAAAGAAAUUGAAGAUCUUCUUUCGAAAAGAGACAACUUAUUGCGUCGCAUUCGCGGCGCCACCUGUCCCGCCUUACCUCCCGACGUCCUUCUCGAGGUUUUUCACCAUCUCCUGAACGACGACAACGACUCAAAGACCAUCAUCUACCCCUCCCACGUCUGCCGUCUCUGGCGUAGAACUGCCAUCGGUGCCCCCUUCUUGUGGACGCAGCUGUUGAUUGGCACGUCUGAAGAAGGAAAGGAUGCUGCGACGGUGGCAUACGCUGCCACUUGCGCUCAACGUGCGGGUGGACGCCUGAUGUUUCUGACAAUGGUGGAGCGAACAACUUGGCCGCCAAAGCCAUCGUCAAAGGACUUCCUCUUAUCCAUCCUCGAGGCGACACGAAGCUGCAGAUGGGAGAAGAUCUGCCUAUCGUCGGGACACACCUGCGAUUUCGGGCACCUUUUCGGCGGGUGCUUGGACUCCGAGAAAGUAGCGGAGGUCCAUACCUUCUCCUUGACGAACCGUGACAGUGAAGCACACUCGAAGGCAGGAAUUAUCAACCUCCAGCCAUACCGUGCUCUUACGAGCUUCACGUUUGACUGCCGGAAGCAAAGGAAUGCCGACAUCCUCUCUGUUCCGUGGCAGCAACUGACCUACUUGAAGCUCGUUACGGCCAUGGGCACAGACCAACAUCUCCAAUUUCUACGACAAUGUGUCAAUUUGGAAACAUGCAUCCUUAAAGACGAAUCUCGAAGUCGCCCCGCUCGUCACGCACCUGUCCACCUUCUCAAACUGAAACGCCUGGAAAUACUGGAGACACCUGAUAUCAUUUUCGACCUUCACACUCCCGCUAUUGAAGAACUUGUCCUGCAUUCCAAUUCGGACGAUUACGGACGGGAGGAGCUGUGGGACUAUCUCAGUAGCAUCGGGUCCACCUUGCGAAAGAUAGAGCUUCCCGGCGAGAUGAUGUGGCAGUUUCCAUCGUUCUUCGAGUCGUUGGAAGUCCUAGAAGAGCUCGGUAUCUCGGGUUCACUCGAGGGCAGAUGGGAUGACGGCUUCGAGGAUGAACGAAUGAGUCAUGAUCAAGGCGUUAGAGUUUUGUUACAAGACAUGUUGUACUCACGCCCUCGAUUGCGUACGUUGGAGUUGAAGAACCAGUGGUGCUGCCCUGGUGAACACAUCCAGGACUGCCUUCUCCAAUUCGUGGAGGAUCGCAUCAAGCGUGGAAAGCCGACUGCUUUGGAGCGUGUCACAUAUCGGGUGGACACGCAUACAAAGCGAAGGAUGGAAGAAAUAGCAACACGCUUUGAGAAUUUGAGGAAAGGAGGGACUGUUACUUUAGAUAUCGAAUCUUAA